AAGGGCUCACGCGGCCGUGGCGGAGCACGGCCGGGGCGGAGCAUGGCCGGAGGAGGGGGAGCGGGACGACGGCUUCCUGAAGGUGCUGCGGGCGCUGCGCGACGCCGCGCGAACUGUCGAGGCCGGGCACUCCUCGCGCUCGAGGCCGCCGCGGGCGCUCCUCGCGGCCUGGCACUCCUCGCGCUCGAGGCCGGCGCGCUCCUCGCGCUCGAGGCCGCCGCGCUCCUCGCGCUCGAGGCCGCCGCCCACGACCUGCUUGCUGGCUACCCCGAGCUGCACCCGCUCUGCCGUCUGCUCGCCACGAGCAGCGCGUCGCCGGCGCGUGCAUGCGCAGCAGCAGCCACGGCUCGGCCCCGCCCCGCUCCUAGCAGCGUCGCAGGAGAGCACGUAGCGGGAGUGGUCGGCGUGGUGCGCCUCGAAAUCGAAGCGGCCGCGGGGCACGCAGGGAGCAAAGCCGUGGUCGGAGCUGGCGAGGCAGGGCCGUGGCCGGAGCAGGCAAGGCCGGGACGGGCGAGGCCGAAGCAGGCAAGGCCGGGACGGCCACGGGCGCGCGCGGCCACGGGAGUUCCUGCCCCCGUCCAAGAAGCACCCGCCGACGAGGAAGAGCCGGAUGAGGAGGAGGGUGGCGUCGACGUCUUCGUGCCCCCGACGGCCAUGGCGGAGGAGGAAGGACGGGGCGGGCGACGGAGCUCGCGAGGAGGACGCCGCAUCUCCGCUCGUCCAAGACCUCGCGGGACACCGUGGUGCGCGCGCUGGCGCCGUACCUCACCAUUGCCCUGUCCGGCUCCAGCAGCGGCGCCGGGUCCGGCCCCGUCCGCUCGCCACCUCGCCCGGCCGGCCUCCCGCACGCCGGCUGGUCGGCUCGCGCCGGCUCCGCCUCCCGCGGCUUACUCCGCGCCGGCCUUGCUCCCUGCCUGCUCGCUCCGUCCGGCUUCGCUAGCCACCGCUGUUCGCGUGGUGGUUGGGGGGCGCAACGAGUGGAUAGCUUUUCACUCCCAGGCUAUAUUUUUCGCCGAUAGCCUCCCAGAAGGCGAAAAAAAUGCCUCUUGGGGGCUCAACGGCUGGAGAUGGCCUAAAGACGACAUUUCGCCUCAAAAACCGUCUCGCGUUGGCUCGCGCCGCUAUAUGUAGCGGGUCCCACUCGCAACGGCCGAGCCGUUCCAUCCCCGCCUCCCCCCCUUCCACAAGUUCGGGAAAUCCCCCCAAAACCCAACCCAAUUCCACCAAUCGGUCGCUGCUUCGGCCGCCCCACCUCGGCGUGGAGAUGGCUAACCGACGCGGCGGCGGAGGCCGCGACGGAGGGAGAGAUUCCGGUGACAAGAGGGGCGGCGGAGGCGGCAGGAACCGGGGCCGCGGCGGCGGCCGAGCGGCUCCCCCCGCCGGCGGGAGAGGCCCCCGCGAUGAGGUUGACGAGACCCGCGGAGGCGGCUCGGCUCCCGUCGGAGACCAGAACCGCGGAGGAGGCGCCUCUCGCGGCUUAGGCCAGUACCGCGGCGGAGGCGGCGCGGACCGCGACCGAGGUGCCAGCUCUUACGCGCGAGGCGGGGACCGCGGCGCGGGCGGCGAGGACUACGGCAGGGUCGACAACGCUUACGGAAGAUACCAGAGCCCCCGCGGAGGCGGCGGGGAUCCAAGCGGAAGCCGAGGAAGAGAAGGGCGUGGUUCGGGAAGCAAUGGACCUCGGGACCCGUACCACCAUGGGGGAGAGCAGGGUCGCGGCGCGGGCGGCGGAGAUCACGGCGCGGGCGGCGGGCCUUACGGAGGAUACCAGGGCCGCGGCGGAGGGGAGGACUACUAUCCAAGCAGAUGGCACGGAGGAGGGCGCGGUCCGUACGGGUACCACCCCGCGCCGCAGGAAGAGCGGCGUCGCGACAAGUACCCCCAGCAGUACGCCGCGACACCGUCGCCGAAGAAGAUCCCCUCCAAGGAGGUGGCGAGCCCGUCGCGACCUGGUGUCAGAAAAAUUGGUCCCAUUGAAGAGGUAGAAGUCAAACUUUGGGUGAACCACUUUAGCAUUAAGUUUGGGGAAUCAACUGUCUUUCACUACGGUGUCAAGCUCGCCCAAGUUUCUCCAGAGGCAUCAGGAGGCUUGGAGCUCUCCAUGGCAGAUCAGAAUUUUGUAAAUGCUCAACUCUUGAAGAUGCUUCAGAAGUCUCCACAUUCAUUAGUUGUUGCUUCUGAUGGCAAGGGCAAUCUGUACUCCUUUGCCAAACUGCCAGAAGGUUUAUCCCUCCCUGUGUCAGUUCGGUCACGGGCCUACAAUGCCUCAGUAGAGUUCAAGGACGAGCUGCCGUUCCGCUCUGAUCAGCAUGUGCCUAGGAAUGUCUUGAAGGCUCUUGAUGUCAUUGUGCGUCAGGCCUCUAGCUAUGAAAAGAUUAUCAUUGGUCAGACAUUAUAUUCACCACAGUGGUUAGUUCUUGAGGGCUCCAAUCAUGUUCAUGUCCAAGCUCUAGGGGGAACGAAGCAGACCCUAAAACCCACCGAGCAAGGGCUAGUCUUAUGUGUGGACUAUUCAGUUAUGGACUUCUGCAAACCUGAAAGCCGUGUUCUGGAUCUUGUUGAGCACUUGCUGAAGCGCUUUGGCAGAAGGAACCACCUUAACCCCCGUAGUCCAGCUCUAGACAAGGAAGAGUGGGAAUAUUUGAAGAGUCAGCUCAGAGGCCUGUGUAUUACCGUGAGUUACCAGAAGAAGUCCUCUGAAGGAAAAAGGGAUGCGCCAACAGUUAGGAAGUACAAGGUUCAAGACUUGACGGCUGAAAAUGCUGAACAGAUAAUCUUCAAGGAGUUCAAAGUAGAUAAGAGUUGGGAGCUUGUUCAGUAUUAUCGUCAGCAGUACGGGGAGGAUAUUCAGUAUAAGAUGCUUCCAUGCUUGAUUUUGAGCAAGAGAGAGGACAAGCCAAACUAUGUCCCGAUUGAGCUUUGCAGGCUUCAUAGAUGUCAGAAGUAUCCCAAGGAUUCCAGCCAGGAACCGAGGAGGCCACCCCCAUCAGAUGAGCGGAAAAUUAUGAUUGAGCGAAUGGUUAAUGAUGGACUGGAUGGGCCUUGCAGAGGAGGAAACAGAGGCGAGCAAUUCAGGAUUUCAUUGGAUACACAGAUGACAGAAGUGACCGGCAGGAUCCUUCUCCCCCCAGUGCUAAAACUGGGUGACUCUAAAGAAUUGAGUAUUCGUCUUGCUAACCGCCAGUGGAACCUCCAGGAUCACAAAAUAUUUGAAGGCCAGUCUCUCAAGUGCUGGGGCGUGCUCGAUUUCAGUGGACAAGAGACUCGUUUCAGGGAUGCCUUUAUUGCAAAGAUUGUCAGAAAGUGCAAUAAUCUCGGUAUUACGAUGUUCUGUGAGCCAAGCCUUGUGCACAAGUCAGCAAUGUUGGUGCUAUCUGAUCCGGACAAACUACGUAGGGAGCUUAGCAAAGCGAAGGAGGCUGCGGAGGAGAAGGGGCAGAAGCUGCAGCUCCUCUUCUGCCCGAUGUCUGAGCUGCACCCUGGGUACAAGACGCUGAAGCUGAUCUGCGAGAUAGAACUGGGGAUGCAGACUCAGUGUCUCUUGACCCAGCUGGCGAACAAAGAAGGCAAGGGCCAGGACCAGUACUUGUCCAACCUUGCCCUCAAGAUCAACAGCAAGCUCGGAGGAAGCAACAUGCAGCUAUCUCGCGAGCUCCCAAUGGUGACUGGCACACGCUUCAUGUUCAUCGGCGCGGACGUGAACCACCCGCCUCCAGGAGACACGGUGAGUCUGUCGAUAGCAGCUGUUGUGGCGUCCAUGGAUUGCCCUAGCGCCAGCCAGUACGUGCCGAGAAUCCGUGCCCAGAGGCACCGCUCGGAGGAGAUCGAUAACCUCGGUACCAUGUGUAAGGAGCUCAUCCAAGUCUACAUGGAAAGGAACGGCGGCUUCAAGCCAGACAAGAUCAUUUACUUCCGCGAUGGCGUGAGCGACGAGCAGUUCAAGAUGGUCCUUGACAAGGAGCUAGUGUCUAUGGAGAAGGGUAUCUGCGAGGACGACUACUCGCCGACGAUCACAGUUGUCGUGGCCAAGAAGCGGCACAACACGCGGCUGUUCCCCAAGGACGAAAACGAGCUGCAGACAACGAAUGGCAAUGUGCUCCCUGGCACGGUCGUCGACACAGUCGUGGUCGACGGUUCGCACGAUGACUUCUUCCUCUGCAGCCACGACGGGCUGCACGGGACGAGCCGGCCCACGCACUACUACAUGCUGAAGAACGGGCACGGCUUCAAGCGCGUGGACCUGCAGAAGCUGGUGUACAGCAUGUGCUUCAUGUUCGCUCGCUGCACCAAGCCAGUGUCGCUGACGGCGCCCAUCAAGUACGCCGACAUCACGGCCUACCGCGGCAGGGACUACUACGACAGCAGGAUGGAUUCCCUGCAGUUCCAGGCGCAGUUCCAGGCCGUCGAGUUCCCGGAGCUGCGCGUGCACCCGGAUCUCAGGGACAAGAUGUUCUUCGUCUGAUGCCGCCUGCUUUUUCAGGGCACCCUGGAGCACGGUGAGCACGUUCUGCUUCUUGUGUGCGCGUUCUUGCAGCGUACGGUGAAGGCCUGCUGUGUUGUGUACAUGGUCGUCAAGUUGGCUCUUACGGCUUUGCUGUGUUCGUACAUGCUCGCCGAAUUGAUUCAUACAGCUUUGCUGUGUUCUGUACAUGCUCGCCGAACUGGCUUGUUACAAACUCAUUCUUGUACAUUCUGUUACUGGAGAUACUGCUGAUCACUGUGAAUCAACAAAGAAUAGUUUCGAUCUUUCUUCUUUUUU